UCAGUUUAUGUCCAGAGGUGGUGGGAGGAGGGUGUCGACCGGUCCUGUUCUGGUGUCUAGUUUUUCUUCCUGAGCAAUGGUAGGGAAGGGCGGAAGUGUCAAGCUGUCCCGCGUCUUGAAUAAGGAAGAAAAUGAAGCCGUGGUCCAGAUGUUUGACCAUAAGAGCCAGGUCGAGGCGGCCGCCGUGGUCCAACUCUACAUGACGGAGCCGCCCAAUAACAACUGCUGGAUCAAGGAGUGUGCGGGCGUGGCAACACUGACGCGGGAUGGGGCAAGGAGGGGGUACUUCUUGCAGGUGGUGGACAUCGAGGCGGCGCUGGUAUUAUUCGAGCAGGAGAUUUAUCGGGAGUUCGAGUACCACAGCGAUGUCCCUUUUUUCCACCAGUUCGAGGGCGAGGACAGAAUGGUUGGGCUCAAUUUCGCCGAUGACAAGGACGCUACCAACUUCCAAACCGCCGUGAAGAACUUGCUACAGAACAGACAGAAGAAGCGAGAAGAGCGGCAGUCAAGGCUUAUGAGGGAGGAGGAGGACAAGUUUAAGCAGCGAAAGCAGAAGGAACAGCAGAAGCACCAGAAACUCCAGCAGCAGCAGCAGAUGAAGCAGCAGCAGGAGGAGCAGAAGCAGGAGGCCUCGAAAGCUAUAAAAGGAGGAAAAUUUACGAGGAGGAAUAAGAAGAAGGAGAAGAAGGCGAAGAAGAACAUGGUCAUCAGUGAUCCCUUCAACUUCCAACAUGUCAGCCACGCGGGAUUCGAUAAAAAUUUCAACGUGGAUGAGGAACUGAUGGGACUGUUCCAAGUGCUAGGAAACCCGAAGGACUCAGACAAGGAGUUCGUCGUGAGUUACCUGAAGGAGAGUGGAAGGCUGGAGGAGGCGAAGAAGGAGAGUAGGAAGUACACAAUGAGGAGACACGAGCAGGAGGGAGAGAAGUACCGCUCCCCCCAGCCACCCACUGCUACUCCUGUUCCACCUGCUCCACCUGCUCGCUCCCUCGCCCCCCCUCCGCCCACAGAGCGCCGUCAUUCACAAAGCCGUUCCCGCACCUCCUCCAACUCCUCCUCCACCUCCUCCCUCUCCCUUCCUCCUCCACCUCCUCCUCACCAAUCCCAAUACGGAGGAAAGAAUGGAAUCCUCCCUCCCACUCCUCCUCCCUCUAGAUUUGCCUCCUCCUCCUCCUCCUCCUCCUCUUCCUCUCCAGACUAUGCUUCCUACUCCAUUCCUCCUCCACCUCCUCCACAUCAAACUCAUCCUCCUCCACCUUCCUCCUCUAAUAAGAGUCAUCCUCCUCCUCCUCCUCCUCCUCUUCCCUUAUCUGGUGGUGGUCCUCCUCCUCCUCCCCCUCCUCCUCCUCUUCCUUCCUCUUCCGGCCCCCCUCCUCCUCCUCCUCCUCCUCCCUCCGGUGCGAAGUCCCCCCCCUCUGCCCCGCCCCCCCCUGUGGACGCAAGAGGAGCAUUUUUGGAAGAGAUUCGGAACACUGGAAAUCGAGGUUUGAAGAAAGGCCCGCCUCCUCUUCCUCCCUCCUCUUCCUCCUCUUCGUCCGGGGGGAUGACUCAACUCUUGGAAGACAUUCGCUCCGGACGUAAACUGCAUCAUGUGGAGACGCCGGAGCCUGGGGAGAAGGAUAAAGGCCCGGUACUGGACGGCUUGGCUUUGGACCUCCACCGGGCCCUGCAGGAACGCUCCCAGUUCAUCCAUUCCUCAGACGAUGAUGACGAUGACGACGAGGACACGGACGAUGAUGAGUGGGAUGACUAAGUGUGUGAUGAUGGUGAUGAGGAUGGUGAUGCUUAUAUGAAUGCAUCGAUAACUGAAAUGAUGGUUGUGAGUAAUGACUGAUUGGGUGUUGAUGAUGAUGAUGAUGAGCGGGUCUGUAUGGUGGUAUGGUGGUGUGGUUAAAUUCUAGUUGGUUAUUUGAUUAGUUUGUCAAUACGUCAGUUAGAUUAAUAUAUGUGGAAGAAUAGCAAAGUUAGGGAUUCAAACGGCCAUCUUCUCUCAUCCCACCGUCAGUUAGUCAGUCAGGGAAGCAGUUAUUUUUGUAGUUAUUUAGUUAGUCAGUCAGGUAAUAUGUAUGAAAAAAUAGUUUAGUUAGGGAUUCAAACGCCCGUCUUCUGUCUCUCCACAACCCGUUUUCUUUCUUCUAUUAGGCGUCUAUACCGUUGAAUAAUUAUGUACUAGUUAUUUAUUCAGUCAAUCAGCCAAUCAGUUAAUACAUUUGGAAGAAUAGUUAGGUAAUGGAUUCAAACGCCCAUCUUCUGUCUCUCCACACCCCGUUUUCUUUCCUCCUGUCUAAAGUCAGUUCAUUAUGUACCUAUUUAGUUAACCAGUUAGUCAGUUAAUUAAUAUAUAUGUAAAAAUAGUUCAGUCAGGGAUUCAAACGCCAUCUUCUGUCUCUCCACACCCCGUUUUCUCUCCUCCUUUCAGUGUCUAUAUAGUCAGAUCAUUAUGUACCUAUUUAGUUAAUCAGUCAGUCAGUCAAUAUAUAUGUAAAAAUAGUUUAGUCAGGGAUCCAGUAAAAAUAGUUCAGUCAGGGAUCCAAACGCCCAUCUUCUGUCUCUCCACACCCCGUUUUCUUUCCUCUGAGCGUCUAUAUAGUCAGUUCAUUAUGUACCUAUUUAGUUAGUCAGUCAGUCAAUUAAUAUAUAUGUAAAAAUAGUUCAGUCAGGGAUCCAGUAAAAAUAGUUCAGUCAGGGAUCCAAACGCACAUUUUCUGUCUCUCCACAUCCCGUUUUCUUUCCUCCUUUCGGCGUCCAUGGCAUGAGUCGCCGGCACCUGCGCUCGUGCCCCGUGUCCCUAAUGAUCCCCGCUCACCUGAGGACGCGGCGGCAGGUGAGGCGAGACGACGGGCCCACCUGUGUUUAUGUGUGUGUGUGUGUGUGUGUGUGUGUGUGUGUGUGUUGUUACCUGGUGUUCAAUUUUAUAUAUAAUUAAUUACUUGAGUUUUGAUUUCGUUUAUUAUUAAUUUGUUUAUUGUUCUAAUUAAGAUAAAUAUAUGAACUAAAAUGA